ACCCAUCACCAGUGCACCAAUCUUCCUGAACAGUGAUAGGACAAAACCAGGAGCAAUUGACCGUCUUUGGGCUUUGCCAUAAUCGAGUGCUCAUGAUGCUUCGUCCUCCAGCUCGAUGAUUCCUCCAUCAGAUCACCUAUGCGCCCAUGGAGGCCGAUUGGGAUGAAAUCACUCGCAUCGCGGUGCCUUCGUCGGGACUGCAUGCAAUUCCUACCCCUGCCAGUGCGGUGGUCUUUGACGAUCAACAGGAAUUGUUAUGGGUCGGCAAUGAUCAGGGACGAGUCACAUCUUUCUAUGGCCCGGAACUGCAACGUUAUGUCUCGGUCAAAGCUCAUCUGGGCGAAGGUCCAGUCAAACAACUCCUAGUCCACGACAAAGGCAUUGUGUCACUCUCAGCCUCUAGCAUCCACUUUGUCACCCGAAGAGGUUUGACACAAUGGCACAUCUCACAUCGACUCAUGAGCGACCUACGAUGUAUGGCUUUUGUGGCUGCCAACAAUCUCAUUCUAGUAGCUGGGUGCCAGAGCACUUUCUUCAUCAUCGACGUCGACAAAGGUCAAAUCGUAUCCGAAAAUACCGCCCAAGCCAAAUACACCAUUAUGAGAAAAAGUCGGCAUAUCUGUGCUGCAACCGAUGAUGGGCAUGUUCACAUCCUCAGCCCGGCGGAUUAUUCCGUCCUCAAAAAGUGGAAGGCUCAUUCAACUGCGAUCAACGAUAUGGAUGCUCGCAAUGAUUUCUUGGUAACUUGUGGCUUUUCAGUUCGACAGUUGGGUGUACCUAUCGUGGACCCUCUGGCCAAUGUCUACGAUUUGAAGACACUCACGUCGCUGCCACCGAUCCCGUUUCAUGCGGGUGCUGCAUAUGUACGUUUGCAUCCGAAGCUACAAACAACGAGCUUUGUCGCCUCGCAAACGGGCCAAAUGCAGGUUGUAGAUCUGAUGAAUCCAGUGAAUGUGAUGCUCAAACAAGCAAACGUACAGUUCAUGCUUGGCAUGGAAAUCGCAUCAUCUGGAGAUGCUGUGAUUGUCACAGACUCCAAUGGCCUGCUAUAUCUUUGGGGUUCGCCGUCGAAGGUGAGGUUCAACAACAUCAGCAAAGAGACCGAAUUCGCAGACCCACCUCCGCAGCAGAUUCCCCAUGUCGAUUGGAAUGAUGCACCAUUGAACACGAUUGGAAUGCCAUAUUAUACCGAACCUUUACUGUCGGCGUGGCCUAGCCAUAUGGUGUUUGAGGUUGGAUCGCCGCCCCCACCUGUCGAGCCAUCGUUGCUUUUCCAUACGCAAACGGCUGAAAUGGGCCACUAUGCGCCAAACCUGAAUCCUCGGAAACUCCAUCGCUACCAGGUUGAAGAUACCAGAUCAGGUCAUGUACCAACGUCCAUUGCAGUUCCCAAGUUCUUGAGCGAGAAAGCCAAGGAUACUAUAUCGAACGGCAAUGGUAGGAAAUUGUCUGACGCAGCUGAAGCGCUGGCUGGUGUCUCGCUGAACGGUCGAGCCCAGACUGAUGAGGAGCGAAUGCUCAAGUAUAGUAACGUGGAGAUCAAAUACAGCAGAUUCGGUGUCGAUGACUUUGACUUCCGGUUCUACAACAAAACACCCUAUUCCGGACUGGAGACACACAUUGCGAACUCAUUUGUCAACUCUCUUCUACAACUCUAUAGGUUCGUUCCUUUGGUUCGAAAUGUCGCCAUCCAGCACGCGGCCACAUCAUGUGUUGCAGCCAAUUGCCUGCUUUGCGAGUUUGGCUUCUUGUUCGAUAUGUUGGAAAAGGCCAAGGGGCAGAACUGCCAGGCAACCAACCUUCUCCGGGCUUUCGGAGCAUCGCGAGAAGCUGCAAAUCUCAGUCUCUUUGAGCAUUUGUCCUUGGCUAAUGGAACUCCAUUGUCCACAACAGUUCAAGCAGUGAAUCGAUUCUUUCUGAAGCAGGUCGCACAUGACUACGUCACCAUGGCUGGGAGUAGCGGAGGCAUUGACGAGGUCCUUGCAAGCAAUGCAUUCGAAUCCAUACGUUGCAUGUAUUGCAACAAUGAGACCACCAAACCCGCCAGCACUUAUGUGCAUGACUUGAUCUACCCGCAAAUCGAUUCGAAGCACUCGAUGAGAUACCUUAAGUUCUCAUCCAUUCUCAAGACCACCAUUGAACGAGAAGCAAAGAAUCGAGGUUGGUGCAGCAGAUGUCGAAGAUAUCAACAGCUUGCAAUCAGGAAAACUGUUCGUCAACUACCCUUUGUGCUGAUGAUCAACGCGGCACUGGGUAGCAAUGGUACGAUGCGUGCACUCUGGGAAACACCAGGCUGGCUUCCAUCGGAGAUUGGUAUCAUUAUCCAAGAUCGAAAUGUGUACGUGUUUGAAGGCUCCGAUCUUGCUCUACAUCUACGCAACAAGUCUCCGAACCUGGUGGUCUAUGAGCUGGUCGGCUUCGUGGCUGAAAUAGAUACCAGUGAGAGGCAUCAACCACACCUUGUCAGCAUGGUCAAUGUCGAGGUUUCGAGCGGUGCACCAGAAUCUUCCCAUACCCACAAAGUAUUCCCAAAUUGGCAUCUGUUCAACGACUUUUUGGUGACACCAGUCGACCCUAGAGAGGCACUGCAUUUCAGCAAAAAUUGGAAGAUACCAAGCGUAAUUGCUUAUCAAGUCAAGAGUGCACACGGGAAGCUCGAUCAUACGUGGAAGGAGACUCUCGAUACUACUCUCCUGUAUCAACAUUAUAGCAUCAAUGGGCGCUAUCCUACUGAUGAAUGCAAGAUUCUAACACCAGAGGAACACCCACAGAAAGGAACUCCCAUUGCGCUCGACACAGAAUUCGUCGAGCUAGAAAAGGCCGAGAUCAAUGUCAAGGCCGAUGGCACACAAGAGACCAUUCGGCCUGCCAGAUCCGGCCUUGCACGAGUCAGUGUGAUACGAGGCCAAGGAGAGGAAGAGGGACUUCCGUUCAUCGACGAUUACAUAACCAUCUACGAACCUGUUGUGGACUACAAAACACAAUAUUCCGGGAUCCGACCAGGCGAUCUCGACCCGCAAUCAUCUCAACAUAACCUCGUUCCGCUCAAAGUUGCAUACAAGAAAUUAUGGAUUUUGUUAAACCUGGGCUGCGUCUUCGUCGGACACGGGUUGGCGUCGGAUUUCCGCAAAGCCAAUAUCCAUGUCCCCAAGUCGCAAACAGUCGACACGCAGUAUUUGUACCUCGCACCAGGCAAGAACCGACGGUUUUCUCUACGAUAUCUGGCGUGGGCUGUGUUUAAGGAAUACAUUCAAGAAGAGACCUCAGAGGAUGCUCAAGUCGACGGACACGACAGCAUCGAAGACGCUCGCAUGGCACUGAGACUAUGGCGCAAAUUCCAGGAAUACGAAGAUGCAGGGAUCGUCGAGCAGAUGAUUGAAGAUAUCUACCGCAAAGGCACAAAGUUCGGAUGGAAACCUCCUUCGAGAAGCAUCGGAGGGACCUUAUUACCCGACGGGAUUGGGACUGGAGCAGCUAACAGCGCGGUUCCGAGUGGAAGAAAUACUCCAGAUUUGAUGUCGACUCCCACUCUGUUGCCGACGUCACCACCUGUGCCGAAGACCAGUGGAAGCACGGGAGCAUUCAAGUUGAAUGCAGCAGGGGCUGGAGCUUUUGUACCAGGGAAUGGGAUCGUCAAGGAGAGUCCGCUGCGUUGAAUUGCAAGGGCUCAGGAAGGGACAUUGAAGUUGAGAAAGGUGCUUUAGGUCACUGUGCUUUGAUUUUUUGCUGUGGCAUUGUUUCUCAUCGAAAAUCAGAACCAAAUUAUUGAUCAACGUUCAGUGGUAUAUUGCUCCAUGAAUUGCAAUUGAAAC